AGAAGACACCAGUCAAGCCAAUUCCUUUUCUUUCUGUUUCAUUGAUCAUAUCUCCUCUUAUGUCCGUCCCCCAACGAAACCAAACACGCCUAUUAUGCCACAUUCAUUCCACUGCAAUCGUUCCUGUCCAAUUAUACAACUCCCUCCUCCUUUUGUCCCCUUUUUACACCAUCCUAUUUAGUCUGCGAUGGAGCCUCAGUUACUUAAUCUUAGCGUUCAUAGGAAGAAUGCGGAAUGACACGGAUAUGUACGCCGAUAGACGUAAUUCAACUCAACUUAAGGACGCCUUGAUGCAGGUGAAACAUGAGAACGUAAACACAAAGAAAGGAGGAAAUAAAUACGUGAAUUGAAGCGGACAGCGGUGGUAGGCGGGGAUGGUAGAAGGAGAAAGAGGGCGGAUGGAGCUGGACAGUGGUUCCAUACGAAGAAUGAACAAGGAAGGUAACACUGAGAAGUUAAAUCAAGGGUCAAGUUAAAGUAACCAUAGAGGAAGACUAUGCAUGUUCUUCCGUCGCCUUCUUUU